AUGGUUUCUGAUUUCCAACUUGCCAAAGACUUGCCAUUUGCUGAUGGUAAAUUUCCAAUUGUCAUCACCAAAUUCCAAAAUUAUGAACUCAAAGGUAAAAAAGUCACCUUGAUUCCCGUACAUAAAGCCGAUCAAAUCCCAUUGUCUUUAGUAAAGACCCUUCACAAACAAUUUAAUCAUGUUAUUGAAGAAGGGAAAACUUACCCACACCAUGAACCUUUCCCUUUACAAAAGUUUAUUGACUAUUGGUUUAUUCAUUUCGUUGCAAUCUUAGUCGAAGGUACUUACACUAGUUAUGAGUCAUUAAAGGGGUCCGAGAACUGGGAUGAUUUAUUCUUAGGUAACUUCUAUAUUAAAUCCAAUUACAUUGGUAGAUGUUCACAUGUAUGUAAUGCUGGGUUUAUCACCAAUUAUAACAAAAGAGGUUUAGGUAUUGGUAAAGCUUUAGGUAGAAAGUAUCUCGAAUUAGCACCUCAAUUAGGAUUCACCUAUUCAGUAUUCAAUUUGGUCUUUGAAACCAAUGUUGCUAGUUUGAAGAUCUGGGAUGGUUUAGGUUUUGAAAGAAUCGGUUAUGUCAAGAAUGUAGCUGUGUUGAAAGGUGAAAACAAGUUAGUUGGUGCUGUAAUGUAUGGUAAAGACUUACAAAAUCAACCAUUAUUACCUUCACACGUUGAUCAUGUCCCCAAUGACUCUUAUUUCAAAUAG